AUGGGGACCCUCACGGCCCUGGGGACAGCACAGGCCAGCUCCCAUGGCCGUGACACGGUGGCCCUGGGGACAUCGGGGGACCCCAUGCCCAUCCCGCCCCUAAACGCCGGGGUACCGGCGGCGGCUCCGCGUAUGGCGGAUUCCCCCCACCCUCUCUUCGAUGAUACCAGCGCGGCGGGAGGCGGAGGGGCCCACCCCGGGCCGGGGCUACGGGGGCGCCGCCGCCCGCCUCCUCCUCCUCCUCCCCGUACCCCCCCUCCCGCUUCCUUCCUGAGCGAGCCGGUGUCCAGCCUGGCCGUGGCCUACGGCAGCAGCCUGGCCAGCCAGGGCCGCGACAUCGUGGACCGCAACCUCGACCGGUUCGUCCCGGUGGGGAGGCUGAAGUAUUACUUCGCCGUGGACACCGUCUACGUGGGCAGAAAACUCGGGCUCCUCGUUUUCCCCUUCAUGCAUCAGGACUGGCAGGUGAGGGUACCAGCAGGACGCCCCGGUUGCCCCCCCGUUUUGACGUCAACGCCCCCCGAUCUCUACAUCCCGGGGUAUGUAUUGAUGGCCUUCAUCACCUACGUCCUCGUCGCCGGCUUGGCACUGGGCACCCAAAACAGGUGAGGACGCUAUUCUCCCCCCGACAGCCUGGGCUUGCAGGCGAGCUCGGCGCUGGCCUGGCUGAUCGUGGAGGUGCUGGCCGUCCUCUUCAGCCUCUACCUCGUCACCGUCAACACCGACCUCACCACCAUCGACCUCCUCGCCUUCGCCGGCUACAAAUACGUGGGGAUGAUCAUCGGCCUCAUCUCCGGGCUCCUCUUCGGCCGGGACCGGUACUACGUGGUGCUGAGCUGGUGCUGCCUCAGCAUCUUUGUCUUCAUGAUCAGGACGCUGCGGCUGAAGCUGCUGUCGGAGGCGGCGGCCGAGGGGGGUGCUUGCGGGGGGGCCAAAAACCAGCUGCGGAUGUACCUGACCAUGGCCAUCGCCGCCGCUCAGCCCCUCUUCAUGUACUGGCUCACCUACCACCUCCUCAGGUGAGGGGGGGA